AUGCAAGUGACGGCGCAACAAACACCGCUACCCCCCACAUCAUCUCCGUUCAACGUCAACACCUCCCUUCACGACGAUUAUGCCGUCUUCGUCUUCUUCCGACUCCCUGAUGAUCUACAUGAAGCCGACCUUGGUCUAGGAAUUGAAUCAGAUGAGAAUCCGGUUGUUGACGAGCCAUUGGCUCCCUGUAAUGAAGUUGGAGUGGCUAUACCGAUAUACGUGAAAACGACCGACAAAGUAGAGAAAAUCUAUAUGGAGGCAGCAAUUACGAAAGCAAUCAAUCGAGGAUCACUUCGUGGGAAGGCCUUCUACCACAAAGGACGACGGUUAUAUCCAGAAGAUGUCAUUGGCGAUGUUGGUAUAGCUUUCUACGACACCGUGCGAUUGAAGGUUAGACUUGUUUUGAUUGUACUACCAAAAAUUCUGGUCCCUCUAAGAAAGCCAGAUUAA